AUGGAGCCCACUGCCAGUGACUUACGGCUGGUGCCUGGAGCCGCCAAGGACGUCCUGGCUGCAGAUGCCAUGUGCUGCCGGAUGGCCCUCUCCACUGUCAUGGCCACCAGCAUCAUCCUCGUCACCCUGGGAGUUCUUGUGGCCUCCCUCUCCACACAGGGCGUCGACGUAGAGCACACGGCUGAGCUGCGUGGGAUCCGGUUUGCCCCCAGCUUGCAGCAGGAGACCUCAGAGUACUACCGCACGCUCACGCCCGCUCUGGAAAUGCUGCUGCACUUUCUGCUGCUGGCCCUGUGGACGCCGAGCCCAGGCCUGGAGGAGCAGCUAUUGCAGCGGGGACUUCAUGCAAGGCUGCAGGGCCCUGGCAUCCCCCUGGCCUCCUAUGGCACCAUUGUGUCUGCCCAGCUCACAGGAAGCCAGAAGGGGCCACUGUCAGAAAGAGACUUAAAGUCAGGCCGCUGUCCAGGGAAUGCCUUUUCCUGCGGGAACAGCCAGUGCGUGACCAAGAUGAACCCAGAGUGCGAUGACACAGCGGACUGCUCCGACGGCUCCGACGAGGCCCACUGCGACUGUGGCUUGCAGCCUGGCUGGAAGACAGCUGGCAGGAUUGUGGGUGGUGUGGAAGCGUCCCCAGGGGAGUUCCCUUGGCAAGUCAGCCUCCGUGAAAACAACGAACACUUCUGUGGGGCCGCCAUCAUCAGCGCCAGGUGGCUGGUGUCUGCUGCCCACUGCUUCAACGAAUUCCAGGACUCCCCGGAGUGGGUGGCUUACGUGGGCACCACCUACCUCAGCGGCUCAGAGGGCAGCACAGUGCGGGCCCGCGUGGCCCGGAUCAUCACACACCCAUCCUACAACUCGGACACAGCUGACUUCGACGUGGCGGUGCUGGAGCUGGGCAGACCCCUGCCCUUCAGCCGGCACGUGCAGCCCGUGUGCCUGCCGGCCGCCUCGCACGUCUUCCCACCAAGGAAGAAGUGCCUCAUCUCAGGCUGGGGCUACCUCAAGGAGGACUUCUUGGUCAAGCCGGAAAUGCUGCAGAAGGCCACUGUGGAGCUGCUGGACCAGGCCCUGUGCGCCAGCCUAUACGGCCACUCACUCACCGACAGGAUGGUGUGUGCUGGCUACCUGGACGGGAAGGUGGAUUCCUGCCAGGGUGACUCAGGGGGCCCCCUGGUCUGCGAGGAGUCCUCUGGCAGGUUCUUCCUGGCCGGCAUCGUGAGCUGGGGAAUCGGCUGUGCGGAAGCCCAGCGUCCAGGGGUCUACGCCCGAGUGACCAGUCUGCGGGACUGGAUCCUGGAGACCAUUGCUGCUGCAAGCAAGCCUCCAGCCCCCACGGUGGCACUCACCUCCACCACCCUCAGCACUGCCUGGCCCACCAGCCCCAAGAGCCUGGUGACUGACACCCUCACCAAACCCACACUGGCCCCUAAUGCUGUGCCUCUCGACUUGGCCACCGCUUCUAAGCCACAAGAGUGUGGGGCCAGGCCGGCGCUGGAGAAGCCCACCCGGAUCGUGGGGGGGCUUGGGGCCUCCUUGGGGGAGGUGCCCUGGCAGGUCAGCCUGAAGGAGGGCUCGCGGCACUUCUGUGGAGCCACUGUGGUGGGGGACCGCUGGCUGCUGUCUGCCGCCCACUGCUUCAACCACACGAAGGUGGAGCUGGUGCGGGCCCAGCUGGGCACCGCGUCCCUGUCGGGCGUUGGUGGGAGCCCCGUGAAGGUGGGGCUCAGGCGGGUGGUGCUGCACCCCCAGUACAACCCCAGCAUCCUGGACUUCGACGUGGCCGUGCUGGAGCUGGCCAGGCCUUUGGUCUUCAACAAGUAUGUGCAGCCCGUCUGCCUGCCGCUGGCCAUCCAGAAGUUCCCUGUGGGCCGCAAGUGUGUGAUCUCCGGGUGGGGCAACACCCAAGAGGGCAACGCCACCAAGCCUGACCUUCUGCAGCGGGCGUCUGUGGGCAUCAUAGACCACAAGGCGUGUAGCGCCCUCUACAACUUCUCGCUCACAGACAGGAUGAUCUGCGCCGGCUUCCUGGAGGGCAAGGUGGACUCCUGCCAGGGUGACUCUGGGGGACCCCUGGCCUGUGAGGAGACACCCGGUGUGUUUUAUCUGGCUGGGAUCGUGAGCUGGGGCAUCGGCUGUGCACAGGUCAAGAAGCCGGGCGUGUAUACCCGCAUCACCAGGCUCAAGGGCUGGAUCCUGGCCACCAUGUCCUCCCACUCGCUCCCCACAGCCCCGCUGCCCACCACAAGGAUGCCCACCAGCAGUCACACCAGGACGACAGCAGGCCUCACAGUCCCGGGAGUCACGGCCAGCACACCCACUCCCCAGGCCACCAUCAGGGUGACCAGUCAACCUGCCAACAGGACCACCGCUGCUGCGACCUCCACUCCUAGGGGCCAGACACCACUGCCCCCAACUCCAAAGACCACGGUGGGCGCCCAGCUACCAGACUGCGGCCUGGCGCCGGCUGCGGCGCUGACCCGGAUCGUGGGCGGCAGCGCUGCGGGCCGCGGGGAGUGGCCGUGGCAGGUGAGCCUGUGGCUGCGGCGGCGGGAGCACCGCUGCGGGGCUGUGCUGGUGGCGGAGAGGUGGCUGCUGUCGGCGGCGCACUGCUUCGACGUCUACGGGGACCCCAAGCAGUGGGCAGCCUUCCUGGGCACGCCGUUCCUGAGUGGCGCUGACGGGCAGCUGGAGCGUGUGGCGCGCAUCCACAAGCACCCCUUCUAUAACCUCUACACCCUCGACUACGACGUGGCACUGCUCGAGCUAGUGGGGCCAGUACGCCGCAGCCGCCUGGUGCGGCCCAUCUGCCUGCCUGAGCCUGCCCCGCGGCCCCCCGACGGCGCGCGCUGCGUCAUCACAGGCUGGGGCUCCGUGCGCGAGGGAGGCUCGAUGGCCAGGCAGCUGCAGAAGGCGGCCGUGCGCCUCCUCAGCGAGCAGACCUGCCGCCGCUUCUACCCGGUACAGAUCAGCAGCCGCAUGCUGUGCGCCGGGUUCCCGCAGGGAGGCGUGGACAGCUGCUCGGGUGACGCGGGGGGACCCCUGGCCUGCAGGGAGCCCUCCGGCCGCUGGGUGCUAACUGGGGUCACCAGCUGGGGUUACGGCUGUGGGCGGCCCCAGUUCCCGGGCGUGUAUACCCGGGUGGCUGCUGUCAGAGGCUGGAUCGGGCAGAACAUCCAGGAGUGACCACCACAUGGCUGCCCAGACGUGGACCAGAGACGAGGAGGUGGCGGGGGUG